UCAGUACGCCAACAACAUGCCAAACCGCAAAUGUAUGGAGUUUCCCCACUUUUAGAACACCCCGCUCCAAGGUGUUCUGCUUUACCCAACACCAUGAGAUGUUAAAGUUUCUCUGUAUGCAGAUGACAGCACAGAUCUUUGUCUAUCCUGUCAUUGGUGGCUUUCUUUCAACAGGAAGUUGUGAUCAGAGUUUAAAAGCUGCUGCAGGACUGCAGACAUUCACAGGAAGCUGGACCAGCAAUGGCUCUGCUGAAGGUUCUGCUGCUGCUUGGGCUGGGUGUUUCAGUGAACUCAGAUGUUUCUGUGCAGAAGAGAAUCAUUGGAGGUCAAAACUGCCAUGUCACGGAGCGUCUUUAUCAUGUUCGGGUUGAGAGCAGCAAGGGUAAUAAAGUGGACCGCUGUGGAGGAUCUCUGAUCCACCCUGAGUGGAUCCUGACUGCAGCUCACUGCUGGAAGUCGGAGCCAGGAUGGACUAACAGAGUAAUUUUAAAAGUUCAUCCACGGACUGCUGGGCAGUACAAUCCGGUAAUCCAACAAGCUCCUGUGAUUUACGACCUGGGCCAUGACAUCAUGUUGCUGAAGCUUGAGACACCAGUAACAGAUGUUCCAGUUGCCCGGCUACCAGACUGCAGUUAUCUUCUUAAAACAGACGAUGUUGUUCAGCUGGCAGGAGAGGGAGCAACAACAGUCGACUACCGUAGAGCGCGAUUGAGAAUUUCUGCUAUUCCAGCACAUCUUCAAUGUGUCGACAUGAAAGUUGUUGGUGUUUCCAUUGUCCGGCCGAAAUAUGGGCGUGUAUUCAGUGCUCAAGCACUGAACCAGGAUAUGUGCUUUGGCGACUCUGGUGGAGCAGUGGUGUACAACGACAUGAUUUAUGGUGUGAUUUCUUUUGUUACAAACAACUAUGCAUUUCUGAAACCAAGUUAUUUAAUAGAUGUGUGUGCAUACCUGGGGUGGAUAAAACAAAAAACUGGGAUACAAUAAAACAAACUGUCAUGAAAUAAAA